AUGUCCGAGCCUGGCAACCAUCCCAUGACCAACGGAAAGGCGGAGAAGGUGUCUGAUGGGCUACCGAACGGAGUCGAUAGCCAUGACUUGGACAGUGUGCAGCUUGACAAGUGGGAUUUUGGUCCGCUCGGCGCUCAGAUUCAUGACCAGGUACACCAUCUCCAAGAAAGUAGAUCUCUCGGUGACAGCGCGCUUGCCAAACUCGCGGAAAUAUUCAAUGGCCAUGCAGAAAUGAUCAAGAUAGUGGACGACAGAUACAACACUGGGCAAGCACUUGAGAUGGAGAAUUCGGAACUUGAAAAAGAGAAUAAAAUGCUGUGGGCAAAAUUGGAUAAGAUAAAACAGAGUCACAACGUGCAGUUGCGUAAUGAGAAGAGAGAGUAUGAGAAAGAGAUUGCGCGAUUGGAAACAAAGGCAGGCUCCGGACAGCGACUGAAGGACAUGUACGAGAACCUGCUCGAGAAGCAUAAGAAAGACCAUGAGAAACUGGUCCAGGACGCCCAAGAGGCACUUGAGUUGAAGAAAGAUCAGCUGGAGAAGGACAACCAAGAGAGGAUAUCCAAAUUAGAAGCGGACAAGAAAUCACUCGAGGAGAAGCUGGCGAAAAGGGAACAAGAACUGCAGGACAUGACGCAGCUGCGCGACCAGGAAAGGCAAACUCGCGAAACUAUGCAGAGCAAAGCGACUGCCGAACUCGAGAAGAUCCAGCAAUCGCUUGCCAGCGUCAAGGCCAAGUAUGAAGUCAAGAGGUUGCCUGUGGAACACUACGCGGAGCGAUACAGAGACCUCAUUGACUCGGUGGCCUCGACUGUUGACGACUAUUUCUCUGAUUUGCCGGACAAAGCAAUAGAGCUCUUGAUACAGAAUCGCACUGGCACAUAUGGUCAACUGAAAAGAAAACGCAGCACUUUUGCGGUGGUACCGGUGACUCCAACGGAGACUGCGCGGGUUCUGCGACUUGCCAAUGUGCAGAACCUCAUUUUCGACGCCAUCCGCGAGACGGUGUGGCAACCGUUUUUCUCUCGGUACCUCUGGAAAACGAAAAAGGACACACACGCCAUCGAUGAAAUCUAUUGGAAUCUGGCAGCUGAGGGCGAAGAAAUACAGCAUGACUGGAAGGUGUCUACACUGAGGGUUCUGGAUCGGCUCGACAAUGGAGUGGACGUCGAAGAGAAGAUCACAGCUGCGAUCGACCAACAAGUCGUCCAGAUACUUGAACCAUUGUUGAGUGAGAGCAACAAGGCCGAUUUUAGGUCCGAGCUGAAGAAGGUGUUUAUCAAGGCGGCGGAGCUCGGUCAAGAAUCCCGGCGCGACCGAUGCCCGGUCUAUAUUGAUAGCAGUCCCUCGGCGAACAGCAGCAGCGGGUGGAAGGAAUUCAGCGAAGGCUUUGACGUUGAGGACGCGCCAGAUCCGACCCUGGCCAGUUGCCGAGACAACAUUUACUCAGCGCUCUGUGUGAGUCCGCGAGUGUACCGCAAGCGCGAGACGACGGCGACCCCAGGUGCAGGUCAAGAAGAAGACGAGCUAGUACACGCUGGCGUUGCGUUGUUUCCCGGUACUGGCAUCUUUCAAAAGGGUAAGAUGGAAUGGGACGAGUUUGUGCUGCGGGAACGGGAGAGGUGGAAUGUUGGCAGGACAAGGAGAGCCAGCGUGGCAUCGAACGCGACAGGCCCGGGUCUUUCGCCACCAGAACUCUCGAUCAAGCAUUCAAAGACCUGGGGGUCGCAUCUCAAGGCAGAGUAUGAUUGA